AUGGCCGGCGAGCACCAGCAGAGCCAGGGCGCGGCGAAGCCCCUGUCCAAGGGCGCGCCGUCGCCGUCCUUCCGCCUGCGCAACGGCAGCCUCAACGCGGUGCGGCUGCGGCGCGUGUUCGACAUGUUCGACCGCAACGGCGACGGCGAGAUCACGGUGGACGAGCUGGCGCAGGCGCUGGACGCGCUCGGGCUGGAGGCGGACCGCGCCAGCCUGGCCGCCACCGUCGGCGCGCACGUGCCCCCCGGCGCCUCCGGGCUCCGCUUCGAGGACUUCGAGGGCCUCCACCGCGCGCUCGGCGACGCGCUCUUCGGCGCCCUCGCGGACGACGGCGAGGACGGCGGCGCCGGCGGGGAGGACGAGGAGGAGAUGCGGGAGGCCUUCAAGGUGUUCGACGUCGACGGCGACGGCUUCAUCUCGGCCUCCGAGCUGCAGGAGGUGCUCAAGAAGCUCGGCAUGCCCGAGGCCAGCAGCCUGGCCAACGUCCGGGAGAUGAUCUGCAACGUCGACCGCGACAGCGACGGCCGCGUCGACUUCGGCGAGUUCAAGAUCAUGAUGCAAGGGAUCAACGUCUGAUCUGGCGCGCGCGUACGUCUUCGCACGGUCGAUCUUCGGGUUUUUUACGAUUACACAAGACAAGCGAUGCAUGCAUCGGCCCACCGUUUAUGUAGUAAGCUUGAUGAAGAACAGCUCAUUUCUUUCUUUCUUAUAUUGAUGAUGAUGUUCGUCCA